AUGCAAGUUGCGGCGCCGGCUGGUGCCUUGUACCAGGUUCAUCUUGUGAGAGCCAAAACUGCUCGGGAAUUCAUUCCAAAACAGUUAAAGCUAGUUGAAGCUUUCGGGUACACUCUUGGUGGAUUUUUUCUUGCUAGUUAUGAAGAUAGUCCAGUUGGGGUUUUUGAUGAGGUUGCAUCCCAUCUUCAAGCUCUUGUAGUGCUCGCAGGACUUGUGCAGAACUUUCCAACACCAUAUGCAUGGGCAGCCAGGGUGCUUGUGAGCAAUGAUGAUGCUUGCAAUCAUGGACGAAAGGAAUUUGGGCUUCCCAGUCAAAUCGGGAAGUUUUCAAAGAGAAUGAAAGCAAUCCCAAGGCAGAAAAAGAGUAAACGUAGCGACUUUCUCGACAUGACUGGUUUGAGUACCAAACUCCCUGAUCCAAAAGAUUACAUGGACGUUCUAGUGAAUGAAAUUAAUGGUCCUUCUGCAACAAACCUCUGCAAUAUCACCCUUGGAAAACCUGCGACUCCUCGGAUGAAAUUGGACGAGUGGAUGGGGCCAAAAAUCAAAUUUUCAUUACCAAGUUUUAGCGGACUCACAGAAUAUAAUCCUGCCCUUAUGACGUAUUCCUGUGAUGUUGAAAGCAGAGUUCGUCUAGUGCAACCAGCGAAGAUAGCAAGGCCAUUUCUGACCCGGAAGCAUAUCGAUACGGAUGAAUAUGUGGACCCUAAUAGUACUGAAGAAAUCUUGAAUAACGAAAGGAAGCUAAGCAUAUCGGUCAUGCUAUCCAAACCGGUACUAGCUUUGGAGUUCAAUUCUAUGAAAAUGCAAGUUGAAGCCCCCGAAAUCGUUUCUCAUACAGGCCCCACUGCAUAA